GCUUCAGAAAGCACAACCGGCAUACUGCCAUUGGAGCUAAAGCCGGAAACCUUGCUCUGGACCAUGCAUACCUUCCUUGGCCAGAUAGCGCAGUUUGUUUUCGAAUAUCUGGAUGCGCCCGUCAGCUUGAAGGAGAUUGCUGAUGACACAACAGCCUGUGAAGAGCACAUACCCAAUCGCUUUUACAACCUGGGCGACCCGCCUUGCAAGAGUGAGACAGACUAUCGCUAUGCCAUGGGGCCGCACAUCGAG